UCCCGGAGUAGAACCAUGCCGCGCAUCCCAGUGCUCUUCCCGCUGCUGCUCCUGCUGCUGCCGCCGCUAGUCCCAGGCCUUGGGCUCCGCGACGUGGGCGGCCGGCGCCCAGACUGCAGUCCAUGUCUGCCGGAGCGCUGCCCGGCGCCGGCGCACUGCCCUGUGCCCGGGAUCGCGGUGCGCGAUGAGUGCGGGUGCUGCGCGCGCUGCCUGGGCGCCGAGGGCGCGAGCUGCGGGGGACCGGCCGGCGCGCGCUGCGGACCCGGCCUGGUGUGCGCGAGCCGCGCCGCGGGGGUGGCGCCCGAGGGCACCGGACUCUGCGUGUGCGCGCAGCGCGGCGCCGUCUGCGGCUCCGACGGCCGCUCCUACCCCAGCGUCUGCGCGCUGCGCCUGCGCGCCCGGCACGCGCCCCGCGCGCACCCGGGACACCUGCACAAGGUGCGCGACGGCCCCUGCGAGUUCGCUCCUGUGGUCGUUGUUCCCCCUGGGAGUGUGCAGAACGUCACUGGGGCGCAGGUGUAUCUUUCCUGUGGGGUGAGGGCUGUGCCGGCCCCCGUCAUCUCGUGGAGGAAGAUCAUGCAGUCCCCUGCAGGCACCCAGGUGCUGGAGGAGUUGCCUGGGGACCACGUCAAUGUAGCUGUCUGGAUGCAGGGAGGCCCUUCAGACCACAAGGUCAUGGCCUGGAUUUUGAUCAACCCACUGAGAAAGGAAGAUGAGGGCGUGUACCAGUGCCACUCGGCCAACACGGUUGGGGAGGCCCAAUCCCACGGCACAGUGAGGGUUAUAGAGCUGAGUAAACACAAAGCACCCUACUUCCCAGCUCCGGAUGACCACAUGUGAUGGAGUAAUGGGGCUUGGAAGUCUUGAUCGCAGGAUGAUGAAAAAGUCAAGUCAUGGAUUAUAUUGCUUUGUGAAGAGUUGGAACAGCUGUGUUUGUAGAUGACCCUUUUGUAUGUUUUGUAAAAAUAGAUGGAAAACUAGAUUCAUAUGCAGUUUUAUGAACUUGUAGUUAUUUGUAGUUUAUGAAUCAAAUGUAGUUUUUAGCAGGGCAAACACCAGGGAAAACAAGUGCACUGUGAGCCUUCCUUUUUUUAAUUACUCCCUUCCAGGGAAGAUCACGUGAUGCUGUAUUUGUCAUUCUAAAGGGCUUGAAACCGUGCACGUGUCGACUGUGCAUCUUGACCUCAUCCACCUGUAACUGUCCAGUGGUGCUUUGUUACUUCGUGUGUGUUGUAGGAGAGGGCGGUUUCCUGGCUCUCCUCGGCCUGCCCUUCACUUGCUGUGUGACCUGCCCGGGUCCUGCCCCACUUGGGCCCAGGUUUCUUCACCUGUGAAUGUGGCUUUUGGACUAGAUUUUACGAUGUCCCUUCUAGCCAUGCUAUCCUAGGGUAAGAUGGAAAAAAUAAUGGAAGCACAGUCUUACUAUUCUUUUUAAAAUGUUAUUCCUUCAAAAGCAAAUGCCAUUGUUUCAUGCCAGGGUGCAGACAGCUGGCUGGAGCUGUCCUAUUCCUGCCUCUUCCUCAUUUUAAAGAGAUGUAGUCCUAGAUGGGACAGUUUUCCAGACUCACGGGCCCCUUGGCUUGGCGUUUGGGGACCCAGAUGUCCACCUGUUAGCCCAGCAUUCUCUAACCAGGAUGGGCAGUGGACACCCAGCUUCUGGACAUCAGAUUGUAAAAAUCACAUCAGAUGCUAUCUGUAGGCUGUGAAAUUGGAGCAUGGAGGGAUACGUUUUACUUGUGCAUAUUUUGACCACACCCAAGAAUAAUGAUUAAAGAAAGAAGGAGAAUAUUUAAUAGCUGGGCUAAAAAAAAGUAGACCUCCCCCAGGUGAUUAAAAUGUUAAAAAGUUAGAAUUGGGAUCCCUUCCAUGGAGAAUGUCCUCAGGUUGACAAAGCACCUUCCUGCUGUCAUCAGUUCCCAACCCCAGGGGGAGGGGAGGGCAGGGCAGGUAUGAACAUCCCUCCUCUUGUAUGGAUGAAGAAACCAGGCAGCGAGAGGUAAAGCCACGAGCCCGAGGUCUAAAGGUGCAUGAGUAGAAUGAGCACUGAGGGCGCCUGGCCCUCCCCAGCACUGCUCCCUCUCCACGGUGCUGCUUCUCAGGACAGUCUUCAAACUCUAAAGCAGGAUUCUGCCGUUCCACAGGCUUCAGGGGGUUUUAGGAAGGUUUCUCUCAAGUUGUCUUGUUCACCUCAGGUUGGCAUUACGGCUGGGAGUCCUUGCUGGGACUGGAUUUUCUGCCUUUAAGCCUGGCCCUGGCAUACCUGAACUGUUGGGAUGUGUCGCCUUCACAGGCCACAUGGUGGAAAGCCUGGGAAUCCCAAAGCACAAGGUCCAUUUGCAAAUCAUCUCUGGCUUGUGGUGUGACCCUGAGCAAGCCCCUUCCACUUUCUGGGCCUCAUUCCCUCAUAUAAAUUAGAAGGGAAUGAAACUGGAUGGGUGGUUUUUGAACAUUACAACAUCGGAUAAAAUUAGAAUAAAGUUAGAAUUGAAACUGAUCAAACUGGAAGCUGCCCUUGGUUGGGGUUGCCAGGGGCCCUGCUCACAUCCCCUCCCCACCUGGCACCUCCUGCCUCCUCUUCUCCCCCCACUGCGGUGAUUUCCAGAUCACAGGGUCUGCAGUGAAUCGCCCCGUGUUUUGAUGGUUGGGAGGGGACGUGGUAAGACUCGGUGACAUCGUGUCCGAGGUGGCCUAGGGACUUGAGGAUGCCGUGGUUCUGAAGAAGGCAACAGAGCAACAUCGCACGCCUGUGAAAUCCAUUCCGGCCUCUUGCAUUAGUCUGGCUCCGGAUUCAGAGCGCGGGGUGGGUGGAGCCCGCAGUGGCAGAGGCAGCAUCGAGACGUCGUGGGGCUAGUUUUCACAUCAUAAUUGUGUGCAAAGGAUGUUACGCCGUCUGAAAUUUUCACCAAAACCAAAAGGUGAAUUAACGUGAUUGUUCCAACUAAACGGAUUUUCAACUGAGAGAGCCCAGAAACCUCAUCAGAGGCCAGGAGCACUUGUGUUGUGGCAGCUUUUACCAUUUGGAAGCAUGAGUCCCCCCAAAGCCUGUUGUUUUUUCUGUGCGAUUUUCACAGAUGUCAUAAUGUCACGUGACCCCUGCACCCUGAAAAUAAACGUUUUUUAAGGACAGUC